AUGUACUCCACUCAGCCGAACGGAGCUGAUAGUGCGACAAUCAAUCCGGCUGCCCUCAACUCACCUGACCUCCUAAACGCCAGCCUCCGCGGUAUCAAAAGAAGUCGAUCCCCCGACAGUUUCCUCGAAAGAGCCCCUGCAGGCGGUGCCGCGCGCGUGUCACCUCCAGGCUCCUUCCCGCAGCGCGCAACGCAAUACAAGCUAACAUCUCGUGCGUCCUCGCAAGGUGACUCCAACCCGAGAAAACGUGGAAAAUCUUUGAAGGGGAGAACCUCCGAGACUGCCGGUCAGGCCCCCGUUAGCAACAUGCCUCAAACCAUCCCACCACCGCAGACCCCCCAAAACCAGGCCGCGCCGUUGCCAGGAGGGCAAGCCGUUGCCUACGCGCCUGCGCAAGCCUCCCCCCCGCCGAAGACUACUCCGACGAAGACCACGCUGAAGGCCCUACCGACCGUGAGAGACCACACUACCGACCAGCUCAACGCCGCCGGCGACGAAUACCUACCGAGAGAGAUCGAUGAAUUUGGAGAGAAGAAGGUGAUGCCCAACGGGCAGCUUUUGGGCGGUCGUGAAUACAAAUGCCGGACAUUCUUGGUCCCUAACCGUGGCGACAAGCUCUUCAUGUUGGCCACGGAGUGCGCAAGAGUACUAGGAUAUCGUGAUUCGUACUUGUUGUUCAACAAGAACAGAUCGCUCUACAAAAUCAUUGCCAGCCAGCCCGAAAAGGACGAUCUUGUCAGCCAGGAGAUUUUACCGUUUUCGUAUCGGUCACGACAGAUUGCCAUCGUCACGGCACGAUCCAUGUUCAGGCAAUUCGGCAGUCGCGUCAUUACCAAUGGCCGAAGAGUCCGCGAUGACUAUUGGGAAACCAAGGCACGAAAGCAAGGCUUCACCGAAGCCGACCUCGCUGGUGAGAAGCGUCCCGGGGCCGCCAAGGCCAGAGAAGCUGCCGCCGAGGCGCAGAACCAGGUCAUGAUGGGAGGUCCGCACGGAGAAAUCGUUUACAGCAACACUCCCAGCCAGUUCCCCGGCGCCCCCCAACCCCAGAUCGUCCAACCAGGAUCAGAGCUCAGUGACAACCGCCCUCGUGAUUACAGCGGCAUCCUCAAAGGCGGCCCCCGCCAGGAAAUUACCGGCCCGGCUUACCAGGACCAGACACGCCCUGCCCAGAUUGGAGAGGUUCACGCCCAGGCGCACCACGCUGCUGAGUACAACCGUUCGCUCAACCAGCAACGUGACAUGCGUGGAGACUACCUUCAGGGCAUUUGGAGAAGACCGCAUGAGCAACCCCAAUCCUCAAACCUGGCGCAAGCUGUAACUACAAGCGACGCGGCAGCCCCGACGACGCGUGCAACGCAGUCACCCCACACAUCUGCCAGUGGCAUGCCACAGUCUGGUAUUGUGCCUAACCAAAGCCCGCAAAUGAUGAUGACGGCCCCGCCUUACUCCCAGUCGAUACACGCGCAGAAUCCGAUCAGUCAGGCUCCGAUGAGAGGGAGUGCGAGCAAUAUGCCGCAAGGGGCUCAGGGCUACCACUAUCCUGCGUCCGGCCAAAUGUGGCCCCAGACACAACAAACGCCUCAGCACAACUACUCGGGCUACACAACGCAGAACCAGCAGUCGCAUCAGCAAUCACCAGCGCCUCAGCUUCGGCACGCGACGAGCGGUGUCCAGCCAGCGAUGCAAUUUCCCGGCAUGCCUGGUAUGGGCCAGAACUACGGUGCGGGCCAGGCAAUGUACCCCACAGACCAGACUCCUCGCCAGUACAUGCCUCAACCGAACCAAGGUUCUCCAGCGGUUACGCAGGCGUGGUCGAACCAACAGACACCUGCACAGUGGUGGACAAACCAACCCCAAUGA